UGACCACUCUCAUUGAUAAAUGGUGUUAGUAAUUUAGUAUCGUACCGGUAGACGCAGUUAUUGUAUCAGUUCUGGAGCUUAGUAUACAGCGUGAGUGUGAUUGACUCCACUCAUAUUUCAUAAUAAUAAUAACGAUUAAUGUUAAACGUCAGUGUUUUAUUUUUUAUUAAUUUAUAUUAUAAUUGCCACCAUGUAUUCCGACAAAGUCAACCCAUCACCGUCCGCCGUGCAAGUAACCAUCAUUGAAGAAUGUAAGAUCUUUGUUCUAUCCAAUGAACAACUAUGCAUCUUGAUGAAAGAUAUGGAUGAAGCCAUCAGGAACGGAUUGGGCAAAGAAACUAAUCCAUCUUCGGUUGUCAAGUGUUAUAUCACUUAUGUACAAGAUUUGCCAAAUGGCACAGAAAGAGGUAAAUUUUUGGCUUUAGACUUGGGCGGCACCAAUUUCCGCGUGCUAUUGAUUGAACUGGGAGAGAAUAACCAAUUCCAUAUGGACUUUGAAACCUUCAAAGUUCCCAGUCAUAUCCAAACUGGCAAAGGCACAGAAUUAUUCGAUCAUAUUGCUAAAUGUUUGGCAGAAUUUGUAAAAAAGUACAAUUUGGACAACAAAACGGCAUUACCGUUGGGCUUUACUUUUAGUUUUCCACUUAGACAAGUUGGACUCACCAAAGGAUAUUUAAAUAGCUGGACCAAAGGAUUUGCCUGUUCGGGAGUGGUUGAUGAAGAUGUUGUCAGGCUUCUCAAGGAUGCCAUCAAUAGGAGAAAUGACGUACAGAUUGAUGUGUGUGGAAUAUUGAACGAUACAACUGGUACACUCAUGUCAUGUGCUUGGAAGACUCCAAACACCAAGAUUGGACUUAUUGUCGGUACGUUGCAUACAAUAUUUUACUUAUUA